AGCCCUCAUUUCACCACCCAAUAUUUGACAAACAAACCAGAAGAUACUGCCAGCCCUCAACACCUAACCUGAUCCGUCUUCCCCAUUGCUUCCCUUGUCACUCAACUUGCCGUUUGCUGCAUUUGCCGCCGUGACGGUCGUUGCUACCGUUGUUGGAAUGGUGCAAAAUAAUAUCUGAGUUGUAACCACCUCCUCAACUUCAUCCUCUGGUGGCGCCGCCUCUAAGGUGUUUUGAUUGUCUUCACAAAACCCUAAACCCUAAUUAUUUUUCCUUAAAAAUCAAAACUUUCAAAUUCCCGUUCUUUGUUGAGUUAUUACUUGUUGGAAGAACUUUUUGAUCGAAGAUGCAGCACGAUGAAGUCAUUUGGCAAGUUAUUCGCCACAAUCACUGCAGUUUCAUGUCCAAAAUUGAAACGGGGAAAUUUUGCCGAAAUCCAUAUAAUGUGACUGGGAUUUGCAACCGAAGCUCUUGCCCUCUUGCUAAUAGUCGAUAUGCUACAAUCCGAGACCAUGACGGGGUACUUUACUUGUACAUGAAAACUAUUGAGAGAGCUCAUAUGCCUAACAAGUUGUGGGAAAGGGUUAAGUUGCCGAGAAAUUACUUGCAGGCGCUCGGAAUCAUCGAUAAGCAUUUGAUGUAUUGGCCGAAAUUUCUCGUGCACAAGAUAAAGCAGCGGCUGACCAAGAUGACUCAAAUGCGCAUACGGAUGAGGAAGCUCGCUUUAAAAACUAGGGAAAAGAUUAUGACAACUCCUAGAAAGGAGAUGAAAAGGGAUGCUAGAAGAUUGGAGAAAGCUGAGAUAGCGGCAGUAAUAGAGAAGAAAAUUGAGGAGGAAUUGCUUGAACGUCUUAACAGAGGUGUCUAUGAUGACAUUGGCAACUUAGAUACGAAAAUAUGGAAAAAGAUUCUGGAGGAAAACGAGAUUGAACAGGAACUUGAAGAGGAACCUGAGAUUGAAUAUGUGGAAGGCUUUGAAGAACUAGAAGAGGAAGAUGAUAUGGAAGAUUUUGGUGCUUUUGCAAAGAAUGGUCCCCUUGGUGAUGAUGACGAAGAUGACAUGGAUGCGGAUGAUGAAGAUGCUGAAGGUUCAACUAGAACGAGGGGCAGAAAAGAAUCCAAAUUCUCUUCAGAGAUUGUUGAUAAAGAUGAGCCUUCCAAGUCAAAGAAGAAAGCAAGGGUUCUUGUUGAGGUUGAACAUGAAGAUGGUGGAGAAAGACAGGCAGCAACUCACUGAGAGUUACGUUCAAUUUUGUAAACUAGGUUAGGUUAUGUAACGUAAUACUUGCAUUGCAAACAAAGAGAGGUGGAACUGUAGUAGUAAGCAAUUGUGAUACUAAUAUGAUUUUUGUUCAGUUUUGUGCAAGGGUGGCAAAGUCCACACUCCGGUUUAUUUCUUUCA